GGGCAAUAAGAUUAGAUUAAAAAUAUAAAAUAUAUGCUCCUAAGCAUUUUUAGCUACUGGCCAUAGUUUUAACUAUCCCUUCUCGGCAUAUAGUUGGGAAUUAGAAAUCCAUUCGGUUGUGGUCUAACCACAUCUGGUAAUUAACCACAACCUUUGAUUAUUGUUGCAUCUCUGGGCCAAAUCCCGGACAUAAACAAUCGAUGCUGCAACGAAAACAUCAACUCCAACAAUAAGAACGGCUUUCCGACCAUCAACCAACUCGAGGGACAGCCAUGGAGUCUUUCCAGCAAAUUCUCCAGACCAACCUACUCAACCCGUUACAUCCGUACCUUAAAUCCAUCACCUCCGCCCUUCCCGAACCUGUCGAUGAUGCUCUAUUCUCUCUUCUCGGCGAACAUUGCCAUUCAACCCUCAUCCGCUCCCUCGACGUGACGGCAGACCCAGCCUGUUUUCCUCUAGCAAUUUCCAAGGUCCUUGGCGUGGCAAUCGUCACUUUCAGUGCAAUCGUCAAGGUUCCACAGAUCUUGAAGCUUCUCUCCUCCCGCUCCUCCGCGGGUGUAUCGUUUACCUCCUACGCGCUCGAGACUACGAGCCUUCUGAUUACCCUCGCAUACAAUGCGCGUCAGAAAUUCCCUUUCAGCACGUAUGGCGAGUCUGCGCUCAUUGCCGCACAGGAUGUUGUAGUUGGCGUCCUAGUGCUUGUGUUUUCUGGCCAAGCACCGGCUGCUGGCGCUUUUGUUGCGGCCGUUGCAGGCAUUGUCUAUGCGCUUUUGUUCAGUGGCGACGCACUUGUAGACCAGGCGACAAUGGGUUAUUUGCAGGCUGGCGCGGGAGUAAUGGGGAUCGCGAGCAAAGUGCCGCAGAUUCUGACUGUGUGGAACGAAGGGGGCACAGGGCAAUUGAGCGCCUUCGCGGUAUUCAAUUAUCUCCUGGGCUCCAUGAUGCGCAUCUUCACCACAAUGCAGGAAGUGGACGAUAAGCUGCUCCUCUACGGCUUCGUGGCUGGAUUUUCCCUUAAUCUGAUCCUGGGCUUACAGAUGCUGUACUACUGGAACGUGCCAGCUACCACUCCAGCGAAGAAACUGCAGGCCAGGAAGCCUCAGCGCAUGGCAGAAGUGCAGAUCCCUGUUGCAAAAAGUUCUAGCGUCUCUCCAAGUCCUUCUGGAAAGGGCCCAACAACGAGGCGGAGGGGAUAAAUUUGUUACGAAAUUCUUACUUUUUUUUUCGUAUCUGAACUUUGCUACGCUUCUUUCUAUUCGGGAUAUAAUUUUCUCACACCAUAUCCAUCUCAUUCCUUUGAGAAUGGCAUGAUAAUUUUCUAUAAUCUUAAUAUCAAAUUAAUACCAAACAAGUUAAAUAAGCGGCUCUAGAGAGCUAUGUUUUACCAAGCGAAUUUAUCCGUA